UGCCUGGCUCCCGCCUCCCCUCCCCGUCCUCCGCGCUGAUGGCGGCGGCGAUCAUGGCGGCGGAGCAGGAAGCCGCGAAAGGCGGCGGCGGCAGGAACCGCGGCGGCGUGCAGCGCGUGGAGGGCAAGCUGCGCGCCAGCGUCGAGAAGGGUGACUACUACGAGGCGCACCAGAUGUACCGGACGCUGUUCUUCAGGUAUAUGUCACAAGGAAAACAUGCAGAAGCAAGAGAACUAAUGUAUUCAGGGGCUUUACUGUUCUUCAGUCAUAACCAGCAAAACAGUGCUGCUGAUCUGUCCAUGCUGGUGUUGGAGUCUUUGGAGAAGUCAGAUGCAAAAGUAGCAGAAGACCUUUUAGAAAAUUUGGCUAAAUUGUUUAGUUUAAUGGAUCCAAAUUCUCCUGAAAGAGUGGCUUUUGUAUCCAGAGCACUAAAAUGGUCCAGUGGGGGAUCAGGAAAACUUGGACAUCCAAAACUACACCAGUUACUAGCUAUUACCCUGUGGAAAGAGCAAAACUAUAGUGAAUCUCGGUAUCACUUCUUGCACUCGACAGAUGGUGAGGGCUGUGCAAACAUGCUGGUGGAAUACUCCUCGUCCCGCGGCUACCGCAGUGAGGUGGACAUGUUUGUAGCUCAGGCAGUACUACAAUUUCUCUGCUUAAAAAAUAAGACCAGCGCCUCAGUUGUUUUUACGACAUACACACAGAAACAUCCUUCGAUAGAGAAGGGUCCACCCUUUGUGCAACCACUGCUUAACUUCAUCUGGUUUCUCUUGUUGGCAGUUGAUGGAGGGAAACUAACAGUAUUUACAGUAUUGUGUGAACAGUAUCAACCUUCACUGAAAAGAGACCCCAUGUAUAAUGAGUACCUAGAUAGAAUAGGACAGCUUUUCUUCGGAGUUCCGCCCAAGCAGACCUCGUCCUACGGGGGAUUGCUAGGAAAUCUUUUAAACAGUCUGAUGGGAACUGGGGAAGAUGAUGACACAGAAGAUGGUCAGGAAGACGGCAGUCCUAUCGAGCUCGACUGAAUGUUGUCAUUGGGUGCCGUGUAAAUCUGAUGAUUCGAUGACUCCAAAGACACUUUUGGAAUUUGAAUCCUGCAGUUGUUUCUUGGCUCCUAAAAGGGCUCCUCUGGUCUUUUAGAAAUGGUUGCUGAAAUGUUUAUACUGUCGGUCUAUAUUAUUUAUGUAAAAAAAAAAAGAAAGAAACCAACAAAAAGUAGCCAAACGAACCAAUAUUGGAGCGGUUGUUAGUGGGUGUCCGAUGCAGCAGCUGGGACUGAUUAAACAUAGUCUGCGGUUUCUGAUGCAGUAUUCCCUUUUGCACAGUCUUUAAUAAAGCAUAAACAUGGGGCUUGUCCUUCACGGCCUACCCAAU